GGGUUUGUCUGUUAGCCGUUAGCCGCCUAGCCGCCCGGCUAACCUCUCCUCCAUUUGCAGCAGCAGCUCUGUGUUAGCAGCAAGAUGGCAGCACCCUGCCCGGCGCCUAAGCUCUGAGUUCUGCAUAUUUAACCUCAGGUUUCAGCCUCUUCGGUGCCCCGGCACACUGAUGCAAGAGGCAGCCGUGAAACGCACCAAGCCGCAGUUGGAUGUGCGUUCGUGUUACUGCGGGACUCUGUUAGCCUGAGCGGCUACCGGCCCGCAGCUUCCGCCUGACCGCAGCAGCGUUCACCUGGCUAAGAUGGCGGACGGUCUCCAGGCUAACUACCGUCACACUAACCCCUAAAACACUAACUCAGGGAUCCAGAUUUCAUUUGGUUCGGUCGAAUAAGGAAUUUAGGAGCGCUGCGGGAGUACCUGGGUCUAUAGAGCCGGGUUCUGGCACAUUAGCCGGCCCCUUAGCUGGAGGAAGAUACUGGGCUGCUGCUAGCGGGCCGGAGACAGUUUAAUACUAAAGCAGGACCGGACUGGGUUCGCGUUUUUACCGAUUCGUUAAGGAUCUGGAGGCGAGGACUAUAAUGUCGACCGAACCUGCAACCCCUGCAGUGCUGCAGCCCCGCUGGAAGCGCGUCCUGGGCUGGACCGGGCCGGUACCACGGCCUCGACACGGACACCGAGCCGUGGCCAUCAAGGAGCUGAUGGUGGUGUUCGGGGGAGGGAAUGAGGGGAUCGUGGACGAGCUGCACGUCUAUAAUACAGGUACUGGUUUCUAUGUGGACUCUUUUUUUAUGUGACUGGUUCUGGUUGAAGGGGACUCACUGGGCCCUCAGGCCGGGAAAGAGCCGACUAGGCCGGGUUAGCUGGUGCUAGUUUAAGCUAACUGUAGCCGCUGCUAACAGGAUUAGCCACGGGGCUAACAGAGAGAAAUGGCGCGUUUUUACUGAAAACAGAGCUGACGUCACAAGGACACGCCCCUCUGUCUGCUUCAGAGAAAUAAUAAUAGAGUCUCAACGACUGCGACUAAACAUGACUGUAAUGUUAUUAUGUACGGGGGCCGAGAACCGCCACUGCUGCAAAUAAAAAAGAAUGGGGUGAAAAAAAAAAGUUACAAUCGAAGGUACCGAUGGAAAAAAAAGAAAGAAACCGUAGCCCACUGCAAAUAAAAAAGAAACGGCGCAGAUUUAAAAAAAGCCACAAUAGAACCUAACAACACAAAAAAGUGAAAAUAAAAAAAGGAUGAAACAUAAAAAGGCCCCAACGGAAGCUGGGCCGGGUCUAGAAAAUGAUGACUAGGGGUGCAUCUCAGAUCAGAGGGCGUGCACAUGCCUGGCACGUUAUUCAACACUAAAUUAUGCAUUUUCCCGUCAUUUCAAGCGGAAUGAAACUAGUCAAACAAGAAUAUUUAAAAUGUCUUUCAUAUAUGCUUUAUUGUAGCAAAAUUGUUGUAGAAAAAGCAAAUGCAGAUGUUUCUUACCCUGAAUAUUUAACAUAGAAAUUCAAACUAUUUUUAACUAUACAGCUCAAAACCAUCACUAAACAUGAUAAUCAUUUCAUGUGGAAUGAUAAUAGUCAAACAAGAACAUUUAAAGUGUCUUUCAAAUGCAGUUUUGCAGCAGACGUUUCUUACCCUGAAUAUUUAACAUAGAAAUUCAAACUAUUUUCAACUAUACAGCUCAAAACCAUCACUAAACAUGGCAGUCAUUUUAAGUGGAAUUCUACCAGUCUCAAAUGCAUUUUUGCAGCAAUAUUGUAACAGAUGUUUCUUACCCUGAUAUUCAGGGUAAGAAACAUCUGCUGUUAAGAUUGCCUGAUGGGUGAGGUAGCCCAGACUAAAUGGAGCAUUUUCUUUUUUUCUGCUACAAUAUUGCUGCAAAACUGCAUUUGAAAGACACUAAAUAUUCUUGUUUGACUAUUAUCAUUUCACUUCAAAUGUCGGGGGGGCCGGGCGCCUGCUCUGGGCCUUGGGGUGAAGGGAGGGGGGGGCUGCGGCGGCAGCGGCUCGGGCAGGAGUGAGCAGCCGGACGAGGCUACUGCUUGCUCCCCAGCAGCAGCUGCUACGCCAGCUUCACAAAGCUCAAGUUUGGAUCGAGUCUCUUUCUCACCACGACCACCGUUUUCUGACUUGAUGGCGUGGUUGUGCUGGAACCACUUUCGAAUAUCCAUUGUUUACUUUGUGCUAUCGGUGCAGCAGAGAGCAGCGUCUUGCGAGUGCAGGUAACUGCGAGCUGCACGCAGGCAGAUGAGUGACGUGCCCUGACGCGCGCGCACUUCUCCCUCUUUCCAACUGAGCAUGCAGCCACAUAAACUGAGGCUGUGUCCGAAAUGGCAUACUGCCUACUAUCUACUUACCUACUCAAGCAGUAGCUACUGCCUACUGACUACUCAAAGAUGAUUUGAGUAUGCCGCGGGUGCCCGAGCGUUUACACACAUACAUACUAAAUACCACAGAAUGCAUUUCGUGCCGGCCGGACGCAGCGCCGGGAAAAUUUAAAUAGUCCUACCGCAAGCAACACAGAACGACUGCAUUCCGGACAAAUUAUAUAAAUUCAUUCAAUAAUAAUAUUUUUUCUAGCGAGAAAGUAAGUGUUUACAUCACGAUUAUGAGCCCAGUUGUUUGAAAUAGUGGCUGUUUGUAAAUUUGUCUCGGCGUUUUCGGAGACCGAAGCGUCCGCUUGGUUAUUAAUUAUUGCGAAGUGUUUUCAUAAUCAACAUCUACACGACACAAACCGGGCGGCAGUGGAUGAAAAAAAUCACACAAACAUCUGUGUAUCCAUGGUGAUAAUGCUAUACACCACCUGCUAGGCGUGUGAUGAGCUGCAGAGGGCUGCAAAAUGAUCAACACACAACAUAAUUAUUAUGACCUCGUUCGGUUAUUCCUUGGCAAAUACAUCAUUUCCCGACUACAUUCUUUUCAUGUACAAUGAUCAUUUCAGAAACCAUCAGAUUUUCAACCACAAGUAAGAAUUAGAAAAGCUCACAUAGAUUGUCAACUGGAAACUCCCCCGUUUGUAUAUUCUGAACCAUGUGCUCUCUACCAAUAAUAAUUUUUAUUAAUCAGAGGUCUGUGCUUAAUAUGAGCGACCACUUUGAUGAUGCAGAGAGAAGAUGCUCAAACUUGAUGUAAUAAAUACAUCUUUAAUAGACACUUAAAUAAAUAAAGUCAAUUCAUACAAAUAGUUAAAAACAUUACCUAUAAUCCUAAUUUAAAAUACAAAUAAAUCUGGUAAAAAGAUCAAAAUAUGAUAAAAUGAUAAAGAUUGUGUAAUGUAUACUGACUAAAUAUUGUUUAUCUAUAUAUAUAUAUAUUAUUGCAAUCACAUGCCAUCUAUUUCUAUUCAGCCUCGGGAAGGAGGCCCAUAUUACCAGCUGAGGUGCGCAAUGCAUUGUGGGGCAGAAGCAGUACGUGAAGCAAGCUCCGUUGCACACUCAGAAAUCGAAGCCGAUUGAGUAUACAUCCGGGCAUUUCUCGCAUACACAAAAUUCGCAUACUGUACAGUGUGAACGCACUGCCUACUCAAUUCAGAGGCGGGGUUAGUAGGAGUAGUAGGAGUAGUAGGCCAUUUCGGACACAGCCUGAGGGUGCAAUGCAUGCUUAUGCACCCCCGUAGAACCGGGCCUGAACGGAAGUGAGCUGCCGAUGACCAAUAAUGAUGAUGCACCAGUGUUUUACGUUCUAGGCACACAAGAUGACUGCGAAAAGACGAGCAAAGAGUAAGUGGAAAGGUUGUUGUUUAAUUUCGUUUUGUAAACUUUUCAAUGUGUCAUUUGGUUGGACCAUGUAGUGCCUGAGUCGAUAUGAAGUUGAACUGGAGGAUGUCAUUGUAGAGUUGGCUUCAGUUCAACUUCAUAUCAACUCACACGCUACAUGGUCUAACCAAAUGACACACUGAAAAGUCUUCCUCGUCUUCUGUGCCAAGAUCAUAAAACACUGGUGCAUCAUCAUUAUUGGUCCCUCGCAACUCACUUCCAUUGUGGCUUUUUUAUUUGCAUCCUUUAAUUUUCGCAGUGAGUAAUUUUUUACUUUACGUGUCGUUAACUUCUGUUGUCGCUGUUUUUUUUUUUUACCCUUUCCCUAAAGACCCUGUCUACUGCUGCAUAUUCCUAUCACUGUGCUUAAAUAACAAAUUCUGGAGCUAAAACAAAAAUAAUAAAAAACAAGUAAGUGUUUGAAUUCUGGUUUUGUGGAUCUUGAAACAUAAAAGAUGUUGCGAAAUAAAAAGUAGAUAAAAAGGAAGUUAAAUGAACUCCUGUACGUUAAGAGAAAUACAUAUGUAGACAAGUCACUGAAAACUGAAAAAGUCCACAAGAGAGAAAAGAAUUUAAAUUGUAUGAUUAUAAAAAUCACAGACAUAGUUUUCAAAAAGAAAACAACGAGAAGAGGAGAGUGCUGAUUCAAAAUAAUGAGAGUGUCUGAAUGUGGUCCAGAAAAGGUCCCCAAACCUUUCAGACGACCCUUCUUUAAAUAACUUAGUGCAGGGGUUCUCAACCUUUUCUGGAUGAGGUCAGCUGUAAAUUGGUCUAUUUCCAACUGCUUGGGACUCUGCUACAUCUCCUUUGUACUAAUAGCUGGUGGUCCCCCCCCCCCCCCCCCCGAGUGCGCUUUCCCGGUUGAGAACCACUGACUUAGUGUUUUAUUCGAAAGUGAUCCCUGUGUUUGGUCAGUGACUGCCCUCAGUAAUUGAGAGAACAACAUGUUUAGGAAACGUUCCUGCAGACCUCAGGGUGUAGGACACAAAACAGAAACCAUUUUAUAACAGAGUCAUUGAUUGUGAGAGAGAAAUGCACACUAAACAAAAUCUCUGACUGUAGGUAUAACAAAUAAUAGUUGCUGUACUUCAACCUGCUGAUGUUCCUGGAAGUUUAACAACCCGUCACAGUAAUUCAGUGUUUUCUUCCCUGCCCUACAGCUACCAACCAGUGGUUUAUCCCAGCUGUUCGUGGUGACAUCCCCCCUGGCUGUGCAGCGUACGGCUUUGUGUGUGACGGGACAAGACUGCUGGUUUUUGGAGGGAUGGUGGAGUAUGGGAAGUACAGCAACGACCUGUACGAGCUGCAGGUCAGUCGUCCCGUCUUCAACCUGGCUUCGCUUUCUCCUAACAUAAAAAUAAGAAGAUAAAGGAUUGAAGAGCAGAUCAACAAAAUGAAGGAAAUCUGGAUCUUUUGAAAUUCAGCCAUUUAUAACUUGAUGGAAAGAAACUUUGACUAUUCCUCUGACAAAAACAAUGCCAGAUCAUUUUUUUAAUUGAUUAAAUAGAUUUUUAGGUUUUUUAGUUCGCUUUGAGGCUGCUGACCCGCUUCUCUGACCGUCCUCGCUGCAGGCAAGUCGCUGGGAGUGGAAACGUCUGAAGACCAAAGCCCCAAAGAAUGGUCCACCCCCCUGCCCCCGCCUCGGACACAGCUUCUCCCUGAUUGGAACUUGCUGCUACCUGUUCGGAGGACUGGCCAAUGACAGUGAAGACCCCAAAAACAACAUCCCCAGGUUAGAAACAUCCCCAGCCCCUCAGUUACCCGAACACAUCCUUCCUGAUACAUAGGCCUGUCAAGAUAACAAAUUUUGCUGGAUGAUAACUGUGCUACAAAUUAUUGCCGAUAAACGAUGUUAUUGACACCGUUUUUUAAAUUAUAGAUAAUGAUAACAUAUGGCAUAAUAAUGCGAGUACACCAUGUCAAAAGCAAUAAACUUUAAUUGCUCAAGAUUAAGAACUUUGAACUAGGAUGAACAGAUAUAAUAAACAAACAAGACAACCAAAAAACAAUGAAAAUAAAAUGGACCCACAUUCUGUUUUAUCAAAAACUGCAUUCAAAUAAAAACCGCAAUCACAACUACAAACAAUAAAAAAACAGACCUUGUCUCUGGUACGGAACAAAAACUUCACUCCACGCAUAACUAUUAAAACAAUAAAUAAAGUGGAGUCUCGAGUCUGUAAACAAAAUUGCACUAAAUAAUUAGCUUUGGGUGCUAUUCCUCAACAGGUCAACAAAGAACAUGCAUGCGCACCUCAAGCACAAUCAACCCAGCGGAUGAUUGUGCUUGAGGUGCGCAUGCAUGUUCGUCGUAUUCCCCUUCUUAGUCACCAAAACUUUCGAACAAAUGCGACAUAUCGUGUUCGUGGGCUCACCUCUUUCAUUUUAUUUGAAACCGAAAUGUUCCCACACUGGGGCUGUUGCGUUGGGCUUAGACACCAAAGCUGUCGUUUCAUCAUUCAUUGCGUUUGCUCCGCACUGUGUCAGUAAGUCUGUGUGUGUGUGUGUCUGUGUGCGUGCGCCCCCCCUCCCCUCUCCUCCCCACCGUGACAAAGAGACUGAAUGACUGACAGGAGGGUUCACUCACUGUGUUCAUUCUGCUAUAGAGCCAACGCACCCAGGUGUCGAGAAAAAUGCGCAGAGUGAGACCUCUUCUCUCAUCCAGCGUGUUUGGUAGCGAGAGAGGAGGAAAACAAAUGCACGUUAAUUAUCGAGGCUGGCAAAAUUACAGACCUUGUUUCUAUUUACCGAGCGAUUAGGCGAUUUAUUGAUUAUCGCGACAGGCCUACUGAUACAUUACUGCCUCUUGAACAGACUCACCUGUCCCCCUCAGGUACCUGAAUGACCUUUACUGUCUGGAGCUGAGGCCGGGCUCAGGCGUGAUCGGCUGGGAGAUUCCUAUGACUUCUGGUCAGCUACCGCCACCCAGGGAGAGUCACACUGCUGUGGUGGCGAGCGGAGGAGGAGACAAAAGGCUCAUCAUCUACGGAGGCAUGAGCGGCUGCAGACUGGGAGACCUGUGGGUGCUGCACAUAGGUGAGGCAAGAGCGAACAGGUGACAAGUAUAGAGCUAGAGUUUGUGAUUGGCUCUCAUAAAUCAAACCGCUGUUGACAAAUGACCUGAAAGCAAAACAAAAAAUAAAUUUAGUGGAAUAACAUUAAACGUUGGUUUAAAGAGGUGAUAUCUCCUCUGGAGAUGUUUCAGUCCAAGGGCUGCUGAUGUGGAUGAAUCAUGCGAAACAUUGUUAGAAAAGGAUGAUGAAAAGUAAGUUAAAUGUGUCAGUUAUCACUCAUCAGUACUAAAAAUGCUUGAUAUUUAUCAUCCCAGAUCCUGGGGGCUCUUUCUAAAAAAAACAAGCUGUAACAGAAAGUACAAAGUCAAACAAACUUCAGUUAAAAUAAGUUAAAAUUUAAAAUCAGCUUAAAGUCCUGGUUGACAAUCUGAGAAGCAGUUAAAAAAACUGUGCCGUUGAGGCAGAUUUGAAAAAAGCGUCCCACCCCACACACAAAAACCUCUCCCCUCUGUGCUCCACAAUAACUCCCCCCCAAAAAUGUAUCGCCUUCUCAACGACACACCCCCUCUAGCAGAAGAUCCUACGCUAGCUUUAGAUAGGAUUCACCAUGUCGGAUUGUUAGUGACUAGCGGCAGUAAACGCCAGCUCCGCAAGCGAGCAGCGUCUGCAGCUGCCUGGACAGCUACUGUGUUGACAUUGCAGAGACUAAUAAAAUUUAUUUAUGUAACAUGUGCCACGAUAAAAGGCGAUAAGAAUUACCUGUUUAACAAAAACUAUGCUGUCUCGGCGUUUGUUUUCAUACUCAAAUCCUGGCGGAGCGAGGGUCAUAAUAAUUAACAAUCUCUGCAAUCGUCAUCCAUGACUUUAAAUCUUUCCAUCAACAUGAGGCUCAUCUACCUUGAGUGAAACAUAGCGUUGUGUUCGGGAUGCAUCAGCGUGUCACUCUCCAUCAGUUCUUAGAAAAUGAAAGAUUCUUAAAGCUGUCGUCACUAAGAACAGGAACAAAUUUUCUCUAUAUCCCUGUCACUUUUCUGCCUUCUCAUUGGUUCCUGUUCUGGUGAUGUCACAGACUCUCUGACGUGGACUAAACCCAAUCUGAGUGGAACCGCCCCUCUUCCCCGGAGCCUGCAUUCUGCAACCACCAUCCACAACAAGUAAAACCACACACUGAUAUUACACAAACACACAAAUGUUACACACUGAUCAUGUGGUUUGAUUUGUGUCCUGUCUCUCCACCUGUCCUCACCUGUGUGUGUGUGUGUGUGUGUGUGUGUGUGUGUGUGUGUGUGUGUGUGUGUGUGUGUGUGUGUGUGUGUGUGUGUGUGUGUGUGUGUUUGUGUGUGUGUGUCAGGAUGUAUGUGUUUGGAGGUUGGGUUCCUCUGGUGAUGGAUGACGUGAAGGUGGCAACCCAUGAGAAGGAGUGGAAGUGUACCAACACACUAGCCUGUCUUAACCUGGGUAUACACAGACACACACACGCACCCUUACGCAAAAUGUAAACACACACACACAGACACACACCUGUGCACCUGCCUGACUACCUGUCUGUCCGUGUGUCUGCAGAAAGCAUGUGCUGGGAGACGGUUCUGAUGGACAGUCUGGAGGAGAACGUCCCCAGAGCUCGAGCGGGUCACUGCAGCGUGGCCAUCAACUCCAGACUCUACAUCUGGAGCGGCAGAGACGGGUAUAGGAAGGCCUGGAACAACCAGGUGUGCUGCAAGGACCUCUGGUACCUGGAGACAGGUGAGCAGGGCUGAAUUAUACCUCUGACACCCGGAGACAGAUGACUGACUGACUGACGAGGGGAAAUGCUGCAGUAAAUUACGCCACAUGUCGCCCGUGUCUCACCUGUCUGUUUGUGUGUCCUCAGAGCGUCCCCCUGCCCCCUCUCGAGUGCAGCUGGUCCGGGCCAACACGAUGUCCCUGGAGGUUAGCUGGGGGCCAUCUCAGACAGCAGACACCUACCUGUUACAGCUGCAGAAGUACGACAUCCCCGCUACACCUGUAGCCACCUCACCUGCCUCUAACCCCGUCCCAACAGCCACGCCUGCAGCUGUCUCCCCCAAAAGUCCAGCCCCUGCCAAUCAAUCAGUCCCUCUAUCUGGCAUCACACUGUUCCCGUCCCCAACCGCCUCUGUACCUGGAAGCCCAUUGGCUGCUGCAGCCAAAGCCCCAGGUGAGUGUCCGUGCUUGUAUAGGUAGCCAGACAGGUGAUGGUGUCAGUGUAGGUAUGAAACCUGACUGUUAAUCACCUGUUUCUGUAGCUGUCCUGAAGGUAGCAGCAGCUGCAGGUUCAGGGGGCGGAGCCUCAGUCGUCACAGUGAGGCAGGCAGCGCCCAAAUCUCCGGUUGCUGCGACGACACUUGCAGGUGUUUGUGUGGUGGCACCUGCUCAGACCAGCCAGGCCACGGUAAACAUCUCCUCUCACUCUUAACUUAAGGUCAUCUUGAGCUUUUACAACUUUUUGUGGUUUUAACCCUCGGCUCCUGUUAAUUUGAAGUUCCAUCCAAACGGACAUGCAGAUAAGUGUUCAUAAAAUAAUAUUUUUAAGGCUGCAACAACGAAUCGAUUAAGUCGAUUCGUCGUGACGAAAAAAUCCGUUGCCAACUAAUUCUGUGAUCGAUUCGUCGGGUCUUUAUAUAUUUCCAUGGACACCGGCGUGUAAACAUCAGCAGGACGCACAGAAAAGAAACAGCCAUGGCCGAGGCAGCGGCUGAGAAAAACGUGCCAAAUCCCGACCUAAAACAUCAGUGGUGUGGGAAAACUUUACCAAGACUGAAAGGAAGGCGUUCAGUGCAACAUUUGCAAAGCCCAUUUUGCAUGGCACCGGAGUACAUCGAUGAUGCGUGAGCACAGGGCUCUCAAGUCUCACGCAUUCAGCGUGUGACACACACAUUCCCACCCGUUCACACGCUCACACGCCAGACAUUGUAAGCAAGCCAAUCAAAUAAAGUAUAUCUACUGAACAGCCAAUCAAAAAGCAGCAUUGCUGUAUCCGGGUAGAUUUUGAUAUCUUGCAGUUUGACUACAGAAGAAGACAGACACUCGCCGAAAUAGAGCAGGUUUUUAUAAGGACGAGAUAGACCCGAUGAUUACAGUAAGUCAGUAACCUACACAUGCAGAGACCUCAACACCUCAUGGCAGAUAAACUCAUAUGAUAAACUAAAGCCCUAUGCUAUUGCUAUUAACAGCUGUAUUGAUGAAUUUAGCCUCUGUACAGCCAUUUCCAGCCAUUUUCUCCUCCACAAAAGCAGCAUUUCUCAUAUAUUCUUUUUAAAGUUCUGAUACUCAUGACAGUGUAACGCUGAUGUACCAAAGGAUUAAGUAUCUCCAUGUUUGUGAAACCUAUACUAAAGUACAAUCCAUCUAAAUGCUCCUCAGUGCUGAUUUUAACAACUCUCCUCCACAACAGGUAACUUUACUACUUUAUUCUUAAAGUCAUUAAUGACUUUAUUCUCCUAAAUAAUAACUUUAAUCUCAAAGAUUUAAAAAUGUUUUUUUCUUUCUUAAUGUGGCCUUUAUACUCCAUUCUAUUUAUAAGAUUAUUAUACUAAUAAUUAUCUUCAAUCACUCUUCGACAAAAGCAAAAAAAAAAGUUUCUGUGUUUAUCCGAUUAAUCGAUUUUUUAUUAAAAUAGUCGACAGAUUAAUCGAUUAUCAAAAUAAUCGUUAGUUGCAGCCCUAAAUAUUUUUAAACAUUUUUCAUACUUUUUUUGACUCAAAUCUCUUAAACAACUUCAACCCUCACUAUUUAAAAAGUAAUGAGUAAAAAAAACAACAACGUAUUAACCUUUUUUGCCAGUUUUUGUGCGCCAUGUCAUAUGUAUUGAUAAAGUGUGUGGUCUAAACAGCUGAGUCUAUUGGAGCGGAAAAAACACACCAAUUUCACCUCCUUUUCUCAAGCCUCGCCCUCUACCAAAUCAAAUGCGAUUGAAAUUAUUUGUUCAUAUUAAAUUAAUUUCAUAUUUACUGUAUUUUUCGCACUAUAAGGCGCACUUAAAGUCCUUUGGCUUAUCUGAGCACUGCAGCUAGCCUUGCAGAGUUAUUGAAUGAGUUAAACAAAGUUUGACUUAUCUGACUGUUUUGUUUGGCUUAAUGCACUUUAUAAUCCGGUGCGCCAAAUGUUUUUUCAUGUAAAUACUGCAGUGAAGUUAGUUUUAGGUUGGAUAUCUGACGAACAUUCACUGAGGAUCUACCGGUAUCUUCUCACUCUCCGUAACCGAGAAUAACAACAGCAGCGCGGUUAAAUCUACUCUGCAUCCUCACUGUCAACGUCGGGUGUUGAAUAAGGGACCGUCAAUAAAUUACCGGUCGAUGUUCUCAGAAAAGGUUGUUUUCCUUUAAUAGCUUCCAUGUCAUGUGACCAAUUGACCUAAAAUUGAUUUCAAAUAAUAGUACUAAGGUCAAACGAUAAGACAUAUCUCUUUAUUUCCCUAAUUUGUCCCUAAACAAUUUUUGUGUUAAAUUUAAAGGCAAAUUUUGAACCUUUCCUUUAAUAGUUUCUAUUACAUGACCUAAAAUCGAUUUCAAAUAAUAGAACUUAUGUUGACCAAUAAGCCAAACAUUAUUUGAUCAAUUUUGAAUGUGCCUCUAAAGUUCUUCCUGUGCUCCUUACUUUUUUAACUUAGGAGCUCAUGUGAAAAAAGUUAGUGUCAAGCCAUGUAUAUGUAGGAUAUUAAUCAUUUACAAGUGCUUAUCCACCUCUAACCAAAAUAUGACUAUGUGAUAUGCUGAUUAUAAAAAAUAACUGCAUAUGUGAGAUGGGAUUUCUUCUCACCUACUGAUCUGAAGGACCUGUUCAUCUUUAUGCAUGUCCAUCCACUUGCUCCAAAGUGAGGACAAAGUUGAAAUGGUCCAAAUGUCCCCCUCUCUUUGUCCCACACUGCAGAACUUAGACAUCGGAUUUUUCAACUGUAAAAUCUCCGAUCACGGCAUGCCCGGUUAUAAACAUGGACGCAGAUUCUCAACUGUGCACACACACAGGAGCACACAAACUUUUCCUAACACACACAUCCCACUGUUAGACAUCUAUAUCUAGUGGCAUGUAAAGUUUCAUUCAUUUCUGAUGAUGUUUAGUGGAUGAAUCAGUGCUUCAAACACUCUCAGUCCAUGAGAAUGAAGACUUGCGUGCGCAGCACUGAAGGGCUUAAAAUUAUGUGCUGGCUCAAUCUGUUGUAUCACUGUUGGAAAGUCAAAUUUAGAGCCCUGGUGAUCGACUGACUACAAAAAAAGGUUGUAGUAUGUUGUUAUGGUGCCAUAAACACACGGUCAAAAAACCUGUUUUUAAUGGAAGUCUAUUGUUAUUUGCGGACAAAGGAGGGUGGAUGGAGCUAACAUGCGGCGACAGAGAACUACAGGUGACACAGAGUUUGUUUUGUUUUUUUUUAUAUGAAAAAAAAUAAGAACUCAAAUUUGAUGCCCCAAUCUUUAAAAAUCUUACUCUCAGAUCAAAAUAAAGAUGAAAAAAAUGAAAAAUGUCCUCAAAAUGGACAUCGUAGGAACUGAGGGCUAAACAGCCCAGGAGGUGUCCUCUGAUCACUGUCCUCAACACUUCCUGCUCUUUGUCUGUCACAGCCAUUAGGUGGCGGUCCUCAGAUGAGUGGCAUGGCGGCGCUAGCAGCAGCGGCCGCAGCAACCCAGAAGAUGCCUCCAUCUGCGGGAGCGGCGCUGAACGUCCCGGCGGGAGCAACACUCGUAAAAACUGUAGCUGUGAGUCUAAGAGAACAGAACAACACUGUUACCGUGGUUACAACAGCGCACAGUCAGAAGGUUAAAUGACGACAUCAAAAUAGAAUUAUAGGAUUGGUCCACCUAAAACUUGUACAUCUGAACUCGGCUACAGAGGGAAAAAAGAUAGGCAGGUAGCGCCCUCUACUGUUUAAAAAGGGAUAUUGAUAUUUGUUUGGAUCAUGGUGAUUUCAUCUGUCUCGGUCAAUAGACGAGAUUAAUAGAUCAGUGUCCUAUCAUUGAAAUGAUUGAACCAUGACGUGAGCAGACAGUGAGGUGUACAUGAAGAAAAAGAGCGCCAAGUAACCCUGAGACGCACAUGUGGCAGCGCCAGCAUCACUUUUUUUGGUAAACAUGUCCUCUCACCUGUCGCAGGUAACCAACCCGGCCACUCGAAUCCUGAAGACUGCUGCCGCUCAGGUGGGAGGGACCUCUGUCGUCUCAUCUCCUGGCACGCCCAGUCGACCAAUCAUCACAGUGCAUAAAUCUGGCACUGUUACUGUCUCCCAGCAGGCCCAGGUGGUCACCACAGUGGUGGGUGGAGUCACAAAGACCAUUACGCUAGUUAACAGUCCACUGAGUAUGGGAGGGGGCGGGGCUCUGGUGAGUGACGCCAUCUAUUCAUAUUCAGUUUCCAUGUGACUACACUGUGUGUGGUCAAUAAUGAACAGGACAGUGAUGUGUAACUGCCCACAGCUUUACCUUUAUGGUGUGGACAUGUGUCUCUGUUACAGAUCGGUAACCUAGGGAAGAUGGUGGUCCAGACUAAACCAGUGCAAGGUGGCGCUCUUGCUGGUCAGACUGGGAGCAGUCCAGUGACUCAGAUCCUACAGGUACAGAUGAAAACCAUGUUUAAUGAUUGGCUGUUAAACAUAAACCACACCCCCUUUAACCUUUGUGCCCCCCUCUGUGUGUCAGACAAAGGGCCCCCUCCCCGCAGGAACCAUCCUCAAACUGGUGUCGUCAGCAGACGGGAAACAGACGACCAUCCUCAGCACUGCGCAGGCUGGAUCCACACACACCAAACCUACAAUCCUCAGCGUUUCCCCGGCAACCAGUACCAAACCAGGAACUACCAUCAUCAAGACCAUCCCUGUAUCUGCGCUUCAAGGGGGAACAGGUAUAGAGGAGCACACCUGUACACACCCAAGAAAGCUCUGAUUGAAACAGGAUGACUGACAGUGAUGCUCCUCCCCCUACAGGUGGUAACAGUCCAAUCACAAUCCUCACCACCAAGAUGGUCACAGCAGGGACUGCUGGGAAAAUUAUCACCACUAUCCCCAAGAUCACUGCAGGGGGGCAGCAGGGACUUACGCAGGUAACACACCUGAUGCAUAAACACUUUAAAUGAUUCCACACACACCCCUAGUGUAGUGAUAGUGCCCCUCAUUUAUCAAUCUUGCACAGAUCUGAGCACAAGAUUCAUCGUACGAUAGGACACACGUGAGAUUUAUGAAAGGGUUCGUAUAUGACCAAUCCCAGCGUACGUAUGAUCGGGUCUUGACAAAUGCGGCGGCGGAAAUCGAUCGUCAUUAACAUGUCAUGCCCUCAAAUAUUCGAGGUUCAGAAGCCUCGCCCACUGAAGUCAAACAUAAAAGAGGAGAGAUAUUAGAAAGAUUCUAAACUUUUCCAAGCUGAAAGUGGAUAUCCUCACAUCUGAUGUGGAAACUGACAAGGAUUUUCUCUUUGGAAGCAUCAAAACUGGAAUAAAAGCAAUCCAGAUAACUCGGACAGUGGUAGGGGACAGUGGCUGAAGUUUGAGUAAAUCAUUAGUCAGUAAGUUGCUCAUGAUGAUAAAUUAAUAUCUCAUACAUGCCUCAUAUUUUUUUAUUGCCAUGACAUAAGGUACGUUGCUCCUAUUAUUGAAAGUAUUUAGUUUUAAUUUCUUGCGUCUUUGUAAUGUAGAGCAGACUGGAGAGUCUGACAGAGGCUGAACAAAAAUAAUUAUUAACGUCACUAAACAUUGUGUUGCUGCCCCUGAGGCACAUUUUUAUGGAUUUCUAUUGGAUUUUUAUCACUGAUUAAAUAGCAGGAGCACUUUCUAAACUUCUACUUUACGUGUCAGAAUCCAUCGUUAAGGUCCUGUCUCCUCCGUACAGCACCUUUGUAGAUAGUGGUGGACCUUAGGGAGAUUUUAGGGUGUGUUCAUUCACUUUUGUCUAAAAGCGCCAAAUUUGGCACAGGUGUAGCUUAGGGCAUACUUAAAUGAUUUGGCUAAGGCGCCCGCGCCAGGGACCUUUGGGGUCGCCAAAGCAGCUGAUCCAAUAUGGCCACCACCUGAACACGAUUUUGCCUCUACAUUUGAACCAGAUGAGCUACAAAUCAAAACUUUGUGUGUGUAUGUGUGUGUGUGUGCUUGCUUAGGUGGUGUUGAAAGGAGCUCCUGGCACACCAGGUACGAUCCUCAGGACAGUCCCAAUGGGUGGAGUCAGACUGGUCUCACCCGGAGGUGUAGGCUCAAAACCCGCUGUCACCACGCUGGUCGUCAAGGCAACCACAGGUAAACAAUAGUCUGCCAUCUGGUAGAUAACAUUCAAUCAGUAGCACACCUGAGUGUAAACAACAGCAGUAUUUUUUUUCAUAGGAUGGUAGGGAAAGGUCUCGCCUCCUUCGCCUCUGAUUAGCUAGAAAAGCUGGAACAGCAUCAUGCACUCGAGCCGAGCGCAGGCUGUCGGCUCUGUACAUCGAACAGAACAUUAUCGCAAUUCUGAAUCUCCUAACCAGACAGAUGAUGACAUUUCACAGCCAUAAGAAAUAACCAAUCGGAGCCCAGCACUUUUAGCCAAUCAGAGGCGAAGGAGGGCAGGACCUUCACCUACCAUCCUACAAAAAGAAAUAUUGCGUAAACAACAAUGCGUGUUACUCAGUUACUCAAUCUGGGGACAGUAACAGGAAGUGUCUCCAUCUCUCCAGCAGGUGGAGCUGUUUCUGUCUCCAAUGCCUCCCUGACAACGCCCAUCACCACCUUGGCAACAAUUGCCACAUUAGCAGGCAAGGUUACCACGGCAACCUCAGCAACAGCAGGGCCCAAACAGGUAGUAAAACUGAAAACCAAACCCGUACUGAAGUUUUUAAUGGAAUGAAGUAAAACUACAGGUCUGUGUGUACAGAGCAUGACACCUCUGUGUAGUAUUGUAGUAAUCCUGCAGUACUGUGUGUACAGGUGACUCUGAUAACCACACCAAGUGGGGCGGAGUCUUUAGUCCAGGAUCUACCUGUCUCCAUUAUGGCCUCUCCCACGUCCGAGGAACCAGGAAGUACUACAAAUACUUCAAAUACUACGACCACAGCAGGAGAGAGCAGAGACGCUGCAGCUGACACGGGUACACACACUGCCGUUAAUACUCUGAGUACUACAAGUACCGCAGUAUGAUGUCAUUGAUGGUGUCACUGAUGAUACUUUAGUGACGUUGGUUUGCUCCAACCCGCCGUGUGAGACACACGAUACUGGCACCACCAACACCGCCACUGUUUCUACAGCAACCAUGGGUGGUAACAACAGAGCGUGCUCCAACCCGCCGUGUGAGAUGCAUGAAACAGGGACGACCAACACUGCCACCACCGCCGCAGCCAGCAUGAACCAACCGCCACAGGUGAGCUUGGAGUCAAGAGACUCAGCUGGAGUGCAUGCGAACUUUGAUCCUGUAAUGUUGGAGAAUGGAGAAAGUGUGCCUAUCAGGUAACUCUGCCCCUCUGCUCCAAAGGUGAGCGCAGCUCCUGUCUGUCAGAAUUCAGAGAACACCUGCUCCAACCCGCCCUGUGAGACCCAUGAGACCGGAACCACUAACACCCCCACCACCGCUGGAGCAGGAGGACUCAAACAGGUGAGACCACACCUGACUUUGAUAGAUGACAGUCGCCUCUUUUUCCUGAUUAUACAGGUGAACCCGUACAAAACAGGUGCAGGAGUGAGAGCUUCACUAAAAUGUAGUUUUUCAGAAUCAGAAAUGAUUUAAUAAUCCCCAGGGGAAAUUGCUUUUCGAAAUUGCGUGAUAAAUAGAAAAAAUAAGUAAAAGAAAAGAGAUUAUUAGAUAAAAUAAGUAAAAAUAAAAAUAUAGAAUAUGUAAAGAUAAUUUAAAAAAAGACAUAAAUAGAUAAAAUACGUAACAAAGAGAUAAAUAGAUAAAAAAGUGAAAAUAAUUGAGAAUGAAGAAAUAAAUAGAUAAAAUAAGUAAAAAUUAAAAGAAAAAUCGAUAAAAUAAGUAAAAAUAAUAAAAAAUAAAGAGAUGAAUUGAUAAAAAAGUAAAAAUAAUAAAAAAUAAAGAGAUGAAGAGAUAAAAUAAGUUAAAAUAAAGAAAAAAUAGAUAAAGGAAAAAUAAUUAAGAAUAAAGAGAUUAAUAGAUAAAAUAAUUCAAGAUAAAGAGAUAAAUAGGUAAAUAAGUAAAAAUAGAGAUAAAUAGAUAAAAUAAGUAAAAAUAAAGAGAUAUAUAUAUUUAAUAAGUAAAAAUAAAGACAUAAAUAGAUAAAAUAAAUUAAAAUAAAUAGACAAAAUAAAAAAUAAGUAAAAAUAAAGAGAUAAAUAGAUAAAAUAAGUUAAAAUAAAUAGAUAAAAUAAUAAAAAAGUUAAAAUAAAGAGAUAAAUAGACAAAGUUAAAAUUAAGAGCUAAAGAGAAAAAUAAGUUAAAAUAAAGAGAUAAAUAGAUAAGUUAAAAAUAUGAGAUAAUACACAAGUAUGUACAAUAUAUAAAAUACAAAUUGUCAAUAGUAUGCAUGUUAACAAUAUUUCCGUGGACCACUAUAAGCUGUGCACGUUUUGCGAGGUGCAUGCAAUUCACGGAGGACAUGCGUUUCUCGGCACAACACCGCUAACAACAACAACAACAACGAUCGCAAAAUGAGCAACGAACAAGAGAAAACCACCGAAAGUGAAGAUUUGUUGGUAAAAAGAAAAGGAAAGUCAGUUAUCUGGAAUUGUUUUGGUUAAAAGAAGGAUGAUGUCGACCAAAACACGUGUUCUGUGUUCAUCUGUUGCCACAAUAACGUCCCAGCACAAUAAAAGCUAAAAAUAUCUCUGAGACAGACAGAAGCCAUUCUACUAACAUUCACUAAAAGAGGUAAGAUCAGUGCAGGUUAACUGUCCUCAAGAUUUCAGCAGUGCAGCAUAACAUUAAGUGCUAUUCAGGUCAUCUGGUGAAAAUUCCUAUAUUUUUAAUAUCGCAAUAUAUAUCGCAGGGUUGAAAAAAAUCGCAAUGUUAUUUUUUUCCAAUAUCGUGCAGCCUUACUCUGAUCUGUAAAGGUGUGUUUUUGUGUGUUUGUUUCAGGUGUGUUCGAAUCCUCCAUGUGAGACCCACGAAACAGGAACCACCAACACUGCGACCACAGCCGGAGGACUCAGACAGGUGAGAGACCACCUGACUCUGACAGGUGUCCACUAACGGUCACCUGGUUGGUUCUGAGCUCAGACUGUUUCUGUCUACAGUUGUGUUCCAAUCCUCCUUGUGAGACCCACGAGACUGGGACAACCAACACCGCCACCACGGCCACAGGUAACCUGCUCGCACACAUGAGGCUUCACCUGAGCUUCAGACAGGGCUGUGACAUCACUUCCUAUUCUCUGUCUUCAGCUCAGCAGGGUGGAGACGUUCAGCAGGGAGAAUCAACAGAUCCUUCCUCCUCUGACCCUGCCCCCUCUAUAGCCAGUCAGAACAGGGCGGUUACCACGGUUACACAGGCCACACCGACCCCUGGACCGUCCAUACCUGUAAGAGCACACACACACACACACACACACACACAUGAAUACACAUAGGCUGUGUCCGAAAUGGCAUACUACUCGUACUACUCAUACUAACCCCGCCUCUGAAUUGAGUAAGUCAAGUCAAGUUUAUUUGUAUAGCACAUUUCAGCAGCAGGGCAAUUCAAGGUGCUUUACAUGAAACAAGCAGCCAAAACAUUCAACACAAUUUGAGAAGUAAAAACAGCGUAAAAGACAUUUAACAAAUUUAAAGUUACAUUCAAGACUAAAAUAAGGUUGGAGAUAAAAGAAAACAAAGAGAGAGAGAAAAGAGAUCAAGACAGGCAGAUGAUGAAGAUGUUGAUUAGAGGCCUCAGGUUUGACUUAAUGAUAGGCCACGGCAAACAUGCGUUUUCAGCUGUGAUUUAAAAGAACUGAGAGUUUCAGCAGAUCUACAAUUUUCAGGGAGUUUGUUCCAGAUAUGAGGAGCAUAAAAACUAAAAGCUGCUUAACAUUAUUGACUGAAGCUGAGCGCAGACUUUUAAUCGCUCUUCUUCUGCUUCAAAUACAAUUACUUCAGUUUUAUCUUUGUUUAGUUGAAGAAAAUUCUGACACAUCCAAUCAUUGAUUUGUUCAAUGCACUGACUCAGUGUUUGUAUUGGAUUGUAGUCACCUGGCGAUAUGGUUAUGUAAAUCUGUGUGUCGUCUGCAUAAUUAUGGUAAUACCUCUGAUAAAUAAAAAUUAUUAUUGGUAGAAAGCACAUGGUUCAGAAUAUACCAGGCAUGAAAAUCUCUCACCUUUCGGCGAAAUUCGCCAUUUUGAAAUCAAAAAGGGUGACCUACGUGAAUCGUGUAGAUCCGAGGAGAAAUUUUUUUUUGGGGGGGGGGGGGGGGUCGGGGUCGGGAGAUUUUUUUUGUUCUUUUAUUAUCAUGUGAUUGACUCAAUACGUAAACUGAGCACUUCAGAAAUCGGCCCUUUAAAUGACACUUGGACGGUCAGCAAAUCCUCCUGGCUCCUUCGCUGACGAGAACCAAUCAUAAGGCAAACUGCGUUCCAUUAUUCCAAUCAUGCGCACACUCUUCACGUGCACUUGGAGUGCUUGGAGAGCCUGUGGUAGCAUUGCAAAGCUGCGAGAGCGAGAGGCAGGACUUAUCCACGCCGGUGUUGUGCCGUAGAAUGCACCCCUGCCGUAGAAAGCCCCCCUGACGGGAGCGCGGUUGAAAGUACACAACAAGGCGAAAUAAUCCAAGUUUUGAGCCAUCUAAAAUAGCGAAAGCGGGCGUCUCGCGUUUACUGCUCUGCAGGGCUCUCAAGUCUCACGCAUUCAGCGUGUGACACACGCAUUCCCACCCGUUCACACGCCACACAUUGUAUUUCUCACGCAUUUAUAUGAACAUGGUGAUGUCCACAAAGUUGCACCUCUGUAACAAUGUAACAGGUAGAAAUCAACUGAGUUCCUCCGAGAGUUCAGAAGCUGCGUGCCACGCACAAGCCAAUCAAAUAAAGUAUAUCUACUGAACAGCCAAUCAAAAAGCAGCAUUGCUGUAUCUGGGUAGAUUUUGAUAUCUUGCGGUUUGACUACAGAAGAAGACAGACACUCGCCGAAAUAGAGCAGGUUUUUAUAAGGACGAGAAAGACCCGAUGAUUACAGUAAGUCAGUAACCUACACAUGCAGAGACCUCAACACCUCAUGGCAGAUAAACUCAUAUGAUAAACUAAAGCCCUAUGCUAUUGCUAUUAACAGCUGCAUUGAUGAAUUUAGCCUCUGUGCAGCCAUUUCCAGCCAUUUCCCCUCCAUAAAAGCAGCAUUUCUCAUAUAUUCUUUUUAAAGUUCUGACAGUGUAACACUCAUGUACCGAAGGAUUAAGUAUCUCCAUGUUUGUGAAAACUAUACUAAAGUACAAUUCAUCUAAAUGCUCCUCAGUGCUGAUUUUAACAACAGGUAACUUUACGACUUUAUUCUUAGAUAUUAAUGACUUUAUUCUCCUAAAUAAUAACUUUUUGGUCUAAGAUUUAAAAACGUUUUUUGUCUUAAUGUGUCCCUCAUACUCCGUUGUAUUUAAGAGUUUAUUAUACUAUUAUACUAAUAAUUAUCUUCAAUCACUCUUAUAACUUCAGCAUACUUUCACCUAGAGACCUAAUUUUUGCUUUAAAAUGUUCAUUCACUUGUCGACUAAUAAACUUGUAUUCAAAAUUUUGAUAUCUCUUACAGUUUUUCCACAAUUUAGCUUUAUGCACCAAAUGGUUUUCAGCAAAUUUUCAGGCUUUAUAAUGGGUGUGUAUUGGAGAGGCUAGAGGGAUGAUUUAAAAGCUAGAGUGCAGACCUCCUCUCUGAUCGACAGAACCUCGCUUACAUAUAUCGCUCCCACGCCCACAAAUUUCACUCGUUCACUCGUUCUGCUUCUCACAAAAUAGGUCUAAAGUCAUCAAAUUGUACCCCUUGCCAAGGGGUGAGUACAUUCCUUCGGAGUGCAGAGAUUCUGCCCAUUAACUCCCAUGUUAAAUUUUGGCCAAGAAACCCUGGCAAUCACAGCGAAGCCGUUUUUUAACUCGCUGUUGUGGCCACAUUUUUUACACUUCGGACAUAAAAAAUACAUCAUUGUGUUCAUGGGAGUCUCAGGACUCCUAAGAUCAUCUUUUUUGGGAUGUGACUUACGGAAAUUGAGUUAGGGGGAAAAGUUCAGACGGUUUCUCACUGCUUUUGCGAUAUCAGCACUUCUUAUGGGCUGUGUGCUUAAAUCACACAAGCACAUGCACACGCACAGGCUCAGCCGCGCGCGCACACACACUGUCUCCAUGUGUGCAUUACUGUCUCUCUGUCAGUAGAAAAUACACCCCCAAUAUUUAUUUUGUUGUUAUAGUUCUUUAACUCUUUUAACAUACUAACUACUUCUUAUGCAGAAGUAGAAGACUUCUGCUUUUCUUUACUUUCUACAUUUAUACAAUUAAUUUAAUUCUGCAUUCUCAAGUUACUGUGGUUGGAUGCUGCCGACUGCAAAAAUCUGUUUUACUAUUUGUACACUUAAUUGGAACAUUGUUACACAUUAUUUUAAGGCAUUUGUUUCUCAAAUUCAAGUAUCCUUAUCAGUUCUGUUUAUUCACAUCAAUCAUAUACGUUGUUCACUUAGGCUAUUAGACAAUUUUUACAUUAAUCCAACUAAUUUACCUUCAGCUAUACUACAGUUCUUCCAUUCAUACAAUUUCUUCUUCUUCUUCUACUAUACUUUUUCAACAGUUUUUCCAUUCAUACCUUCCUCCAUUUUUUAUUAGCAGUUUAGCAUUGCUUUUUCGGCUUUCAGCACUCAGCAUUUCCACGUAUUUUCUGCAAAGAAAUGCAAUUUUUAUAGUUUCCUCUGAUGUCCCAUGAUCCUCUCUGUCUGCAGGAAAUCUCCUCAUUGGUUGGAGAGGGCAGGGCGGAGUUCCCUGAGGCCGUUGGCACGGCAACAGAAGGUGCUGGAGAGGAGGAGGUGACUAUGCAGACUGACAGCCAAUCAGAACAUGUGUUGCAGGUUCAUGUGGAGGGGAGUGAGGCAGAAGCACAGGUACACACACACACAUGCACGCACACGUGCACACCCCCACACACACAUACCAAACCAAUUGUUGCCUCUCCUUUAGAUGGCAUCAGACAGUGGACUUCCUCAGGAGCUGAUGUCAUCAGAGGGGGAGGGGGGUGAGGCUGUUCCCGGGACAACGACCCUGAUGGUAACAGGUCUGACCCCAGAUCAGCUGGCUGUUACUACGGCAACAGAUAAUGCAGCUCAGCAGGCAACAAUCCAAGCAGUGCUGCAGGCGGUUGGACACAUGGGUGGAAGCUCUGAGGAUCAGUCCAUCCCCAUCGUUCUUACUCAGCAGGAUUUAGCAGCUCUGGUCCAGCAGCAGCAGCUUCAGGACUUUCAAAACCAACCAGAACCAGAACCAGCAGAAACAGUACCCCAGCACAGCAGCCUUCCCACAGGUACACCUGUAGGCUCACACACACUCCUGGGUCUAAAGCCAUUACUCUGUUUUAUAAUAAUAAUAACAAUAAUAAUAAUAAAUUUUAUUUGAAGCCGCCUUUCUGACACUCAAGGUCACUGUACAAAUCACAUUAAAAACAGCAUAAAACAUUUGAAACACAUUUAGGAACAGUAUCAAAAAAAAAAGUAAAUAAGGAAAAAAAGAGAGACAGAGAAAUGGACAUUAUGGUGGAUAGGCAGUUUCUGAAUAGAUGUGUUUUGAGUCUUGAUUUGAAAAGGGUGAAAGAGUCAGUGUUCCUGAGAUCGGGUGGUAAUGAGUUCCAGAGCCGGGGAGCAGAGUGGCUGAAUGCUCUGCUCCCCAUGGUGUUGAGGCGGGCGGGGGGGACAGACAGGUGUAUGGAGGAAGAGGAUCUGAGAGCGCGGGAGGGAAUUGUAACGUGGAGGAGAUCAGACAGAUAGGAAGGGGCGAGGUUGUGGAUGGCCUUAAAUGUAAGGAGGAGAACUUUGAACUGGAUGCGGAACUGGACCGGGAGCCAGUGGAGCUGUUUGAGGACUGGAGUGAUGUGGUGGAUGGAGGGGGUACGAGUUAUGAUGCGGGCAGCUGAAUUCUGGACCAGUUGGAGUUUAUGGAGUGUUUUUUGAGGGAGGCCGAGAAGGAGAGAGUUGCAAUAAUCCAGCCGGGAAAUGACGAGACUGUGAACAAGGAUGGCGGCAGUGUGGUGGGUAAGGGAAGGGCGGAGGCGAUUGAUGUUGCGUAGGUGGAAGUAGGCAGUCUGGGUAAUGUUAUUGAUGAAUGGAUUGAGGGAUUUGAGGGACUUGAAUUGGAUGUAUUGAGUGUGGCCAGAGAGGUAUGAUGCGAACCAGUUCAACGUGGUGUAGGUGAUGCCAAUGGUGGAUAGUCGGUGGAGGAGGGUGGUGUGACAGAUGGUAUCGAAAGCUGCAGAUAGGUCCAUGAGGAUGAGGAUGGUGAGGAGUCCAGAAUCAGCUGCUAUAAGAAGGUCAUUGGUGAUUUUGAUGAGUGUUGUUUCGGUGCUGUGGAGUGGGCGGAAACCAGACUGGAACUGUUCGUAGAGGUUAUUGUGGGAUAGGUGGGAGUGGAGUUGGGAGGCAACUGUUCUUUUGAGGAUUUUGGUUGGAUAUGGGACGGAAGUUGUUGAAGUUGGAGCAGUUGGCACCAGGUUUUUUCAGAAUUGGGGUAAUGGCAGCAGUUUUGAAGGAUGCGGGGACAGUUCUAGUGGUAAGAGACAAGUGGAUGAUGGCAGAGAUGAGGGGGACCAGGGAGGGGGAGCAGGCUUUAACAAGUUGUGUGGGGAGGGGGUCCAGUUGGCAGGUGGAUGGUUUGAAUUUCUGGAUGAGUUCAAUGAUCUAAGAGAGGGAGGGGAGAUGAAAGGAGGAGAAUGGCUGUGAUGGCAGGUGCCAGUCGGCUGAGAUGCCGGGGUGAGGGGUUGAUCCGAGAUGGUGGCAGAUGUUCUUGAUUCUUUCAGUGAAAAAUGACAUGAUGGAGUUGCAGAAGGAGGCUGUGUAGCAGUGAGAGGGGAGAGAGUCUUGGGGUUGGGUGGUAUUGUUGAGGAGAGAGAAGAGUGUUUUGGAGUUUCCUUGAUUGGUGGUGAUUAUCCUGGAGUAGUAGUGUGCUUUGGGGGAGGGAUAGUUGGGAUUAAGGAGGUCAAAUCUAUUGGCUGUGUGAAGUUGGAAAAGUGGGGUCUGCAGUGGGCUCCUCAGUUUGCUGGCGCAGGAGCUGACCACGGACCAGUGCUCCCGAGAUGGAGUGGAGCUCAAUGGAGCCUUAGGUUUGGCCCCCAGCCGAGCCCAGGAGACAUCAGAGAUGGAGGGUGGAGGCCAAGCAGCUGACGGUGAAGGAGGAGCAGCAGCAGACCCGUUGGAUGAAGGGGGAACAGCUGCGAGAGUGGAGACAGCAGGCUCUGAGUGACAGGUGGAUGCGGUGGUGUCAGGUUCAGGAUCCCAGGAGCGAUUUCCGGUGACGGGUUGCGGCGCAGAAAAGCUGAAAAGCUUCUUGGCUUCCUGGAUGUUAAAAAGCGUGGAGAUCCUUCCCUCAAGCUCCAAGAUUUUAUCGGCGAGGGCAGCGCAGCUUAUGCAGCCGGAUGGAGAGGAGAGUGGGCCAUGAUUUUGUUCGUUCUUUGUCUAGCUCACCAUGUGGUCCUCAGGAGCUAGCUGACAGUUAGCUGGAUUUGGCGGUUCUCGACCUCUCAGUCCGUCUGCUGUCACAUCCGCCGUCUGCCGAAUUGCACCAAACAAAGUCCAAACUCUCAAAAUCCAACAGGAUUAAGUCCAACACGGGGAAACACUUCCUCAACAGGUUGCAGAUCCUCUCGAUAUUACGCAGUCUCUCUCUUGCAUGGAGUGGAUUGCCCUGAUAAAUCGGCACCAAAGAUAAAUUAGAAGUAGAAGUAGAUGUCCUCAUUCAUACUCGGUUAUGUGGUUUACUCCCUGAUGUCUGACUGGUUCUUUUUGCGGUUACCCAGAGGGCCUUGCUCCUGCCGACAGCCUGAAUGACCCCGCAGCAGAAAGCAACGGACAUGAGUUGACAUCAUCAGCCGUGACCAGCGCCGUGGCCCGACUGGCCAGUACUUUCGGUCCUGCUGCUCAGCUGACGGCCAGCCCAGUAAAGAUUCAGACAGCUGCACCGCUGACAGAGGUUACCAACGGCAACGCAGCUCCUGCAGGGGUGAGAGAUGAUACAGGGCUACAAGCUAACAUCUUACACUAAACUAACAACACACAGGUGCAGCUUAAAGGUGGUGCUGUAAGGGUCUGAUGAAGUUCCAGUUUUUAGGAGAAAUCUUGAAUGUAAGCUCUACCCCUCCCAACCAGUUUUCCCCUCAGCUCCUCCUCUUCCCUCCCUCUCUGCUCCAGCAAGCCCCGCCCACAAACAGACGCUCCUGCUCGCUCGUAUCGUUCCAAUUAAAUUCAGAUAUAAUGCAGAUAAAUACUUCAGAUAAUUACAAAUGGGGCCCAGUCAAGGUGAAAGUCAAAAGCAUUGGUGCUACUGUAGAUGCCAACAGACUACCAGCAAACACAAUGUUUGCAGGACUUCUACAACGAGGAUAAAGUGACAUAGUCCAGGACCCGACGGAGGACAGUUUAGCGAUGGCGCUACAACACGCUACAGCAGGUCCGUUUGACAAGAAACACUUCUGUUACAGACACUUGUCUUACUUUGUUAAAGCGGUUUACCUGUCCAGCAGAAAGGUUACAGGGUCACCAAGAUCCCGAAGUGUCCCCCAUCGUUUAUGUUGACCCGGCUUUUUAGCUCUUGUCCGGUCUACCUCCUUUUUAAGCGCCCGUUAUUCCACCAGAGUCUCCAGUAUUUAUUAGGGAUGGGAAUUUCGACUAAUUUCCCCGCUGACAAGUCUCAAAUUUUAUUUGCGACAAGUCGACUAGUCUAUAAGCAAGAAAACUCGUAAUUUAAUACACAUAUUAAAUUAAAAGUUUAAAAUGCAAAUGUUUUGUGUAUUGAGAAGCUAUUUUAGCCCAAACAUCCAGGACAAACUAUUGAUUCAAAUUCUGUUGAUGUAACAACAACUGACGGAAUAGAGGUGAACAAUUUAAAGAGAAAUGUGUUUCUGAUACAGUACAGGCCAAAAGUUUGGACACACCUUCUCAUUCAAUGCAUUUUCUUUGUUUUCAUUACUAUUUAAAUUGUAGAUUCUCAAAACUAUGAAUGAACACAUGUGGAAUCAUGUGCUUAAGAAAAAAGUGUGAAAUAACUGAAAACAUGUUUUAUAUUUUAGAUUUCUCAAAGUAGCCACUCUUUGCUUUUUUGAUAGCGCUGCAAACUUUUGCUGUUCUCUCAAUGAGCUUCAUGAGGUAGUCACCUGAAAUGGUUUUUACUUCACAGGAGUGCCUGAAGUAACCCUGACAAGUAGGCCUGUCACAAUAACAAAUUUUGCUGGACGAUAAUUGUGCUACAAAUUAUUGCCGAUAAACGAUAUUAUUGACACCAUUUUUUAAAUUAUAGAUAAUGAUAUUAUAUGGCAUAAUAAUGCGAGUACACCGUGUCAAAAGUGAUAAACUUUAAUUUCCACUGUCUGUCAGCGCGCACCAUUUUGCGCUGUUUUGUUUAUAUUUGCUUUGCUUACCAAACGCUUCAGUAAGCGGUACCUGUCGGGACGAUGGCUCCGCAGCACCUCCGGCGGUACUUGUUUUGCUCAGUUGAGAAAACUGGAGGAGAAUGAUUGUGCUUGAGGUGCACAUGCAUGUUCGUCGUAUUCCCCUUCUUUGUCACCACAACUUUGGAACAAAUACGACAUAUCGGCUCGUCCGUAUUUGUGGACUCACCUCUUUCAUUUGGUUUAAAGCAGUGUUGUUUUCCUCAUAUUUCGUCAAAUAUUUCCGUCAACGCCAGCGUCAAAAAAGGGAAAUAUUUUCGUCAACGAGAACAACACUGGUUGUUUUCGUUGACUAAAAUAUUUCCCUUUUCUUCCACGACGAAGACGUAACGUUGACGAGCUAAACAUAAGUCGGAGAUGACUAAAAUGUGACGAGAUGAAAGUGCGUUUACGUUGAUGGGACGAGACGAAAAUGACAAACAGAGUUGCAAAACUCAGUCAGUUAAACGCUAAACAUAUAGGAGCAGCUUCAGUCCGCUCUGACAGCUCUCAUCAGCCUGCUGUGCUCCUCCAACACACAGACACACACGCGCGCGCGCACACACACGUGGAGUUUUGUAGUUGACGAAAACAAAACUGGUUUAAAGCCGAAAUAUUCCCACACUUGGGCUGUUGCGUUCGGUUUAGACACCAAAGCUGUCGUGUUCAUUCUGUUGGCUUGCUUUUCACUCACGACGCUCACUUGCAGCACUGUAUCCAAAAGUCUGUGUCUGUGUGCCUGUGCGCGCCAGCCCCCUCGUGACAAAGACACUGAAUGACUGACAGGAGGGUUCACUAACUCCGUUCAUUCCGCUAUAGAGCCAACGCCCCCAGGUGCCGAGAACAAUGCGCAGAGUGAGACCUCUUCUCUCAUCCAGCGUGUUUGGUAGCGACAGAGGAGGAAAACAAACGCACGUAAAUUAUCGAGGCUGGCAAAAUGACCGACCUCGUUUUUAUUUACCGAGCGAUAAGGCGAUUUAUUGAUUAUCGCGACAGCCUACUGACAAGGUACUUCUGUCAUCAAGAGCAAAGGGUGGCUAUUUUAAAGAAACUAGAAUAUAAAACAUGUUUUCGGUUAUUUCACACUUUUUUUAUAAGUACAAAAUUCUACAUGUGUUCAUUCAUAGUUUUAAUGCCUUCAGUGAUAAUCUACAAUGUAAAUAGUCAUAUAAAAAAAUAAACAAAAGACAUUGAAUGAGAAGGUGUGUCCAAACGUUUGGCCUGUACUGUAUGUUUGCCACUGCAAUACAUGGCAUUGAUUAUGAAUACUGUUUCAGUAUGAAAGCUGGAUGCAGCAGCAUGACAAUUCCAAACGUUCCAACCGCGCGAGAAAAUCAGCACCGUUUGGCAGUAUUUUGACGCAGCAGAUGACAACAAGGUUGUCUGUCGGCUGUGUAAGCAGAAACUCGCUUAUGACCACUCUACCGGAGCGAUGAGAAACCAUAUCCAUAGUCGACACCUAGAUGUAAACCUGCAGGGCGAAGAUGGACAUGGCAGCGAGGCCAGGCAGACGAGCAUGAGAGCGUUUGUUCCAGACAGACGCUGUGAUGCUCACCGCACAGCUAAGAUUACACAACUGAUUUGUGAAAUGACUGCCCGCGAUAUGCUGCCACCAGCUUCACACAAACUUUGUGGCCCUGCCCCCUGCUAUGUGUGCAUGUGGGGGGAGGGGAGGAAGAGCAAUUCUCUCCCUGGCUGUUCAGCCUGUUUACAAAGAAGUCGAGGCAGAGGCGUGAAGAACAAGAUGCAUUAUGCUUAAUGCAGCGUUUAACCGACUAGUAAUAUACUUAAUGUUUAAUCAAUGAGUAGACGGUUAAACGAUUAAAGGACUAGUCGCGCACAUCCCUAGUAUUUACUUUGCUUUCUUGCUUGUGUCGGCAGUCGUGGCCAAAGGAGGAUUCAGACAAUUUUUUCAGACAUAAGAGAACACAGAGAUAUCGUUAUAUUUCCAAAUUUCAUCAAUAACUAAUAACAAUUGACUGAUAUAAAAAGAUUUUUUAUAUAUACACCACAAAAAAGAUGCUUCUUUAACGGAUUCCUGCCUACCCCACCUUUAAGAAGUUUUCAAUCAGGAAAACUUUACAUUUGACGUACUUUGGACUACGGCUGAAAAUAAAGAGAGUACAACAUUCUGUAGCAAACAUUCAGCAAAUAUUUAGAGAGAGUAGAUUGAAGGAUAUCUGGGAUAUUUUUAUGAGGAAAAUGAACAAAAACACAGACGAGCUGAAGGAGCUGGAAAAGCAACCUGGACGCCUUAGCAAAGCUCAGAGCUGAUGGCUGCCGUGACAUGUUGAUGCAGAGAUCUGUGGGAGUGUUGAUUUUUAUGGGCUGUAGGUCAGAAUCCUCAAAAUUUAUGAACAUGGGAAUAUUUAAAAGUUGGUCCUUUUUAGUGGCAUUAUGAGAAAACGAACUUUUAAUGAUGUUUAAAUGAAAACAAGAUCACAACAUGUUCUGAAGACACACUAACAGUCUGUGACCAUGAAUCAGCUUUCAACAUGCUAACGUCAUGCUAACAUGUGUACAGAAGCCGAGUGCAGCGGUGAGGUCAUCAGCGAAGGACGGUCAGUGGUAUGACGUCGGCAUCGUGAAGGUGACCAAUGUGGUCGUCACACAUUACUACGUCCCCUACGGAGACAACAUGGUGGAUGUGAGAAUCACACACACAAACACACACACAAACACACACACAGACGGGUGUUUUAUCGCAGCAAUCUCAUAUAUUGAUGAUGUCAUUGCUGUGUACCUGCAGGAUGACUCGGGUGUAACUCCUGACUACAGCCAGAUGAAGAGGGUGGAGCUUCAGCCGGGCAUGGCGUACAAGUUCCGUGUGGCGGGAAUAAACAUCUGCGGCCGAGGGACAUUCUCUGAGGUCUCCGCCUUUAAAACAUGUCUGCCUGGUUUCCCCGGAGCGCCCUGUGCCAUCAAAAUUAGCAAGGUGAUGUCACGUCCUGUGUGUUGGUGUUUUCAAUUAGCGCUUUACCUGAGCUUGGUUACUAUAGAAACCACUCUGACUGUAAUGUGACUGUACUAAGACAUUUUUUUCAUACUAAAAUAUGAAAUUUUAUUCACAGUGAAAUAUGACAUUGUUAACAAACUAUACUAUGACAUUCUUUUUCAUCAAAAACAUAAUUUUUUUUCACAUUAAAAUACAAAAUAUUUAUCAAACUAUACCAUAUCAUUUUUAUCAUACAAUACUGUGACAUUUUUUUCACACUAAAAUAUGAUUUUUUUCACACUUAAAUAUGUUUUUUUUUACAUACUAUACAGUGAGAUUUUAAUUUCAUUCUCAGAUAUAUUUUUUUAACUAAAAAUGAUUUUUUCUCACUAAAAUAUAAUAUACAUAUAUAUUUUUACUCUUUACCAUGACAUUUUUUUCUUACAAAAAUAUGAUUUUUUUUCCACACUAAAAUAUGAAUUUUCAUCAUAAUUUACCUUAUUAUUUUCAUACAAUACUAAGACAUUUUUUGUCACACUAUAUAUACAUUUUUUCAUCAAACUUUACCAUGACAGUUUAAUCAAACUAUACAUUGACAUUUAGUUCAUACUAAAAUAUGAUUUUUCACACUAAAAUAUGCCUUUCUUAAACAUACUAAACGUUGAGAUUUUUUUCAUUCUAAAUAAUGAUAUUUUUGAAUACUUAAAUGUGAUUUUUUUCAUACUAAAAUAUGACAUUUUUAUUAUAUUAUACUAUGACUAUUUUUUAAUACUUAAAUAUGCAAUUUUUUCCACAGUAAAGUGUGAAAUUUUAUCACACUAUACCUUAUUACUUUUAUCAUACAAUACUACAACAUUUUUUUUCACACUAAAAUGUGAUUUUUUUUAUCAAACGAUACAAGAUUUUUUAUCAUACUAUACAUUAACAUUUUUUUCACACUAAAUAUGAACUUUUUAUGAUUCUAUACUCUUGACAUUUUUAUCAAACUAUACUAUAACAUUCUUUUUCAUUGAAAAUAUGAUUUUUUUUCGUAACACGACGUAACAUUUCGUGCCAAAUGGGACACCAUUCGUGCCGCGCUUAAGCGCGCUCAUCCCGAUGCGGUCUCUGAAAUGAGACACAGCCUGUGUGUUUGUGUUUGUGUGAGUGUGAGCGGUAUCAGGUAAUAUCAUGGGUAAUGUAGUCCUUUAUUGUAAACGUGUCUCUGUGUUCCUGCAGAACCUGGAUGGGGCUCAGCUCACCUGGGAGCCUCCUGCUGUGACCUCAGGUAAGAUCACAGAGUACUCGGUGUAUCUGGCCAUCCAGUCCAGUCAGACAGGCUCCGGGUCCUCUUCUAGUCCGGCCCAGCUGGCCUUCAUGAGAGUGUACUGCGGGUCGAGUCCGUCCUGUUUGGUCCAGUCCUCAAGCCUCUCCAAUGCCCACAUCGACUACACCACCAAACCUGCCAUCAUCUUCCGCAUCGCCGCACGCAACCAGAAAGGUUAUGGCCCAGCCACGCAGGUCAGGUGGUUACAAGGUGAGUGACGCACCUAAAGAGCUAAAGGUCAGAGUUCAAAAUGAGAGCAGGAGGUUGUGAGAGUCAGAGGUGAGAGGAAUGAAUCCUUCAUGUGAAUGUUUAUGACAAUCAGAACAAUGAUUUCAAACAGUCAGACGGAUGAUUUUGAAGAGGAGGAGCAGCUUUUGAAACAUGGAAAUAAACUUAAUAAAGUCCAAAGAAGGAUUUCAGCUGCUCAACAGUUCAGGGUAAGGUGACCAGACGUCCCCGAUUUCUGGGGAAUGUGGAUGUCGCGCCCCCCCCCCCCCCAACCGCCGCACCGAAUGUCCCCGGAUUUCAUUACAGAAAUCUGAUCACCUUAGUUCAGGGUCUCCUGAUGCUCAUAAUGAAAAACAUGUAAUAAAGACGUUUGUAAAUCAGGUUUAUGAAAAAGUUUUGCAUGAAGGAAUAGAGAUCAUAAUUUAACUGAUGUUUAAUACAAAGAUACUUACAGUUUCUCAUUAAACAUGUUCUAAUGAAGUGUGUUCAUAUGCCGACAAUUAUAAUGUGUGUUUGUGUGUGUUGUGCAGAAGGCAGUAAAGACCCUAAAGCAGCAGUGAAGAGAGCAGGAGUGUCCCCCGAUGUGUAAGAACUCUUGAUUUUUACAUGUUUGACAUUCUCUCUGACAGAUGAACCACACUAACCCCUAAUUUUCACCCCAUCCGGAACGGCGGCGAAAAUUGUAUUGACAGGAUACGGGUUCAAAAAUAUUCAUGUCCGAAAUAAUCACACGAAAAAAAAAACACUCCCAGUGUGUAAGGACCUUGAAUCUGUGCUAUAUUUAUUUAUCUGGCAUGGUACCAGAGUCUGGCAACACGCAGCGGAACGGAAAGAAGCCGGUGGAAAUUGACAGGUUAACUUGAAUGAUUACGAUCAGCUACGAUCGGAGGAUACGACCUUUUCGUAGACGAUCAGGAUGCGGUGGUAAUUGGGGUCACAGUCAGAAUAACAUGAGUUAGAUUUGAUUGGUUCUUCCUGGAGGUUACUCCAUGAAGUGAUUCCAACAGGGCUGUGUGGAGGCGGCUCCUCGAACACAUAAUGCAGCUAUAGGUCACCUCGGCCAGUCAACUUACGCUCUUUUUACCUGCAGACUCUGACACAGAUAAUAAUAGUUGAUAAUUAUUGUGAAUUUCUUGAGACUUGCUGACACACUGAUGAAAAAAACGCCAUGUUGAAAUUAGCAGAAGGUUAAACCAUGAGUUCAUGAUGCUUCUGAGCCAGAGAGCCAGCUGUAGCAUCCCUCUGCGAGAUGAUUGGACUCUUUGAAAAACUGACUUUCAGGGAUUUCAUGUGAAGCCAAGAACAAUGUCGGAGCUCGUGCCUCUUCAGUUACCAGAGGUAGAAAAACUUAAAAAUAAAAACAUCAUUUGAUUGUGCAGGAAAUUGAAGCAAUCUUAACGCUAGAAAGACAAAAAUGUUAAAAAACGACAUCUGAGGCAGCAAACAGAGCUCAAAGAGUGAUGGUAGACUCAGAUUAUAGUCCCUGUUGUUUCCCUUCAAACAAAACAUCGGUUUUGGUCUGAAGGAGACGUUGUUUCAUAGUGUCACAGAUCCUUGAUGAUAGAGACAGUCAGUACGUUUCCAUGACACUUGAGAAAACAAAUUAUUGCCUAACUGACUAGACCCACAGGAUCCGGAACGGCUCCACUCCGCCCCAGACUGGCAAGCGGAUCAGAUCCGCAGGCAUACAGCGCCCACCGGCUCCAAUCUCGCCGCCACCAUCAGAGGAGAAGCGGUCGCGAGAUUACCGAUACUUCUCGCGAGACUAAUGCUUGCAGAUUUGAUCGGCAGGGUGUGCCGGAGCGAAGCAGAGCCGUUUCGGACCCUGUGGGUUUUGCCCGUUACUCAGAUAAAGACCAGACAACUGAAGUGCAUGUAAACACCUUAGUCCAACUAUAAUCGGAGUUUGAGAACUCUGAUUGGAGUUGGAAAACUCCGAAUAAGAUAAUGGGAUUGGAAUUUGAUUUUUUCUACCAUAUUACCAGCGUAGUCGGAGUAUGAUCGGACAAUGCAUGUGUGCAUACACUCCCCCUGCAUCUCAUCUGCAGAAAAAGUAGCGCGUCCAUAAUGAGGGACAAAAACAAGUAAGGCUGCAUGAUAUUGGAAAAAACUAACAUUGCGAUUUUUUCAACCCUGCGAUAUAUAUUGCGAUAUUAAAAAAUACAGCAAUUUUCACCAGAUGACCUGAAUAGCACUUAAUGUUAUGCUGCACUGCUGAAAUCUUGAGGACAGUUAACCUGCUCUGAUCUUACCUCUUUUUGUGAAUGUUAGUAGAACGGCUUCUGUCUGUCUCAGAGAUAUUUUUAACUUUUAUUGUGCUGGAAUGUUAUUGUGGCGACAGAUGAACACAGAACACAUGUUUUAGUCGACAUCAUCCAUCUUGUAACCGAAAUAAUUCCAGAUAACUGACUUUCCUUUUCUUUUUGGCAACAAGUCUUCAUCUUCUGUGGUUUUCUCUUUGUUGCUCAGUUUGCGAUCGUCGUUGUUGUUACCAGGGUGCUGAGAAACGCACGUCCUCCGAGAAUUGCAUGCACCUCACAAAACGCGCACUGCUUGUAGUAGAGUGGUCCACGGAAAUGUACAAUUUAAAACCCAUACAAUUCUUAUUUGUUGGGCUAAACAGUGAUGAGUAAUGUUCCGAAAGUAAUUCUCAGCGGACACGCGUUUCUCGGAACAACUCCAGUAGCUCCAGCGACUCACUCCAUGUGCAGAACAUGUGCAGGGGUGGGUUUCCUCCUCUCUUAUUUUGAUUGACAGCUGGCAGGAUAGUCUGAUUGGCAACUGAGUAAAGAACGAAGGUGAUAGGUGGAUCGCUGCACAGCACAUGUAGAGUCACAUGGAGUGUAUCUCAGUCAGUUACCCUUGAAAUUAACUGAGUUUAUUUGUCUCCGACAUCACAGGCUCUGCGAUGUGACUAUUGCGCACACUUACAUUGCGAUAACGAUGCUCAAACGAUAUAUUGUGCAGGCCUAAAAACAACGCUGUACGAUGCUCCAUCUUCUUGCGUCAAAAUGCCCAGCAGCAGUUAUAGACACUUCUGACGUCUGGCACAGACCUGCUGUUGUUGUUGACAGUUGUAUGGGGUCGGAAACAAGGGUUGCCCCCUAGUUUUGGGAAGGAGGUCACGUUCACGUCAAUAAUUUGAUUUUCUCAGCUGCAUGUAUACGCAGACAAGGAGAAAAGUCCGAUGGGCAAAGAAACAGAAUUAUGAGCUUAGUCCGAUUAAAUUGUACAUGUAAACGCACUGACUGAGUGAGGCACUCUUGGUCCUGCGUAAUCCUGACCACAUCCUUCGACCCAGCCUGUUGACCUCUGUGUUGACCUCUGUGGAUCCGUCCGUCUGUUUCCGUUAAAGUUGAAUCUUUUUUUUAAAAAGUUUUUUUUAAAUCUUUCUCAGGAAACCUGUCGGACCAAAGAAGUUCAAAACCGACCAGUAGGCGGAGCCCACAUUGUGCUGUGGACUCUGAUUGGUUACUGUUGUCUUAAGCUCCAUCCUGAAGCCAGUUACCAUGUCAACAAAGAGGGGCUGGGCCUUUGAAGUUUCCUGCCCGACAGAAAACAAAAGACUUUUAGGAUAUGUGUAAUUAACAUCCAGUUGUCAUGGAGACGACGAGGGGCAGAGUGAGCUGUUCAGCAUUGAAUGAACCAAUAAAGUUUGAGUAUGUUAAUGUAGAUGUAGCUCAUUCUCGUUCUGUCUGUCUCUCAACCUUAACCCCACCGAGGAUAUUACAGAGGUUAAAGUUCAUGGUGCUAACGGGGGGCGGGCUUAAACCAGCUCUGUUGUAAAUGUAUUUCAGUAGCAUCUUUGUUUCGUUUUUCUUUUUUUUUUUAUAAACGUGUUUGAAACAUUUCUUCUUCUUCUGGGGUCUCUGUUUCCUCUGUUCAUAAAAUGUUUGUUGGCCGCAGUAACGGAGCUCUGUCAUUGGUCAGUUUCUCUGAGCAGGAAGUGAACGAUUUUUCAUCUGUUUGUGAAUCGAAACCUGUUUGUUAAUAUUCUCUGGAACAAUAAAGCUUUUUAGAGCAUUUUUUUUACCCCCGCGUGGAGUCC